AUGUUUCAACUUCGCACCAAACUUAUCCGCCAUGAGCGUGUAAGACUGGUAGAAGGAUGUCUUUAUCCGAUUCGCCAGUUCUCGUCCAUUCAAGGACGAGCGAAAGACGCCAGUCAAUCCGGCAACGAUGCUCCUAAAGCUCGAUCUCUUCCCUCGGGGGCCUCAUCUUCUCGCGCUCCUUCAAGGAAGAGCAACCUUCCACCAGCCAAUUUGAAUUCUAGAAAAACCGAUUCUGACAAACCUCGUCCUCGACGCGUUUUCGACGCAAGAUCUCUCGCGGCCCCUUCAGCCAAUGGCCAAUCUACAAACAUCCUUAGGAGUACCUCGUUGCGAAGCCCCCGCAAGGGACCAUCCAUUCGCGCUCGGAGGCCGAGACCCCCAGCAAAGUCGUCAGCCCCCAAAUUACGAAAAGGUGGACGACCUCAACGUUCGAAAAAUACGGAUAUGGAAGAAAGCGAUAGCUCUCAGAUUGAGAAUGUAUAUCGCGAACUCGCUGAGAAAUCAAGGCCAACGCCAAGCCGCUACGAACCCCAGGCUCCUGACUUCUCUAACCUGAAGGAAACUUGGCCCUCUUUUCCCACGGGUACGACUGCGAAUACAGCCGAGGUUGUUGAAAAAUUAUCUUUUCUAAGUGACCGCUUUCCAAAUGGUUAUGUUACUCCUUAUGAACUGGGCAUGCGGCUCUUCAGGGGACAGUUUGUUCAGUUUCUCGACGAGGAGGAAAAGGCACAGGCUAUAGCAGAGGCGAAGAAACUCUCCCAACAGCGUGCAGACAAUUACUCGCAGCGGAAAGGCGAUUUAGUAGAACCCGAGGACGUCGGUUUUAUUCCGCUGAGUGUGGAGGACAGGAAGUCUUUAGUGCAAUCCUUCAUCCAAGGAGCUUAUCCCAAACUCAGUACUGAAAAAGCCGCCUCGCCUAUUCUCAGUGAAGUGAAGAAGAAUCUCAGAAACAACGAGUCUUAUCAAGCAGCCGGUUAUGCCCUCUCCAUCGCCUUCUUUGCUGCCUCAAAAAGAUCCCUCACCUCCCUUUGCCCUUUCUCCGUUACCUUUUCCAUCUGUUCCUGUGCUUUCCGAACAUCAUCCGGUCUAGCUAUUUUCUUCUUCUGCAUAUCCUGA